UGUGUGUGUGUGUGUGUGUGUGUGUGUGUCAUAACUUCACUCAUUGAACUUUAACCUUUUAUCCUUCAGGUGCAUUCCUAUAGUUUAAUUUGUUGUUUCUCUUUUUCUCUCUGUACACAUGUUCUUUAUCUCUGCUUUUCUUUUUUCUGCCUGUCUGUCUGCCUGUCUGUCUGCCUCUACUUUUUCUCAUCACCUUUUCCCUGCCUGCCUGUCUGUCUGCCUGUCUGUCUACUUUUCCUCAUCACCUUUUCUCUGCCUGCCUGUCUCUACUUUUUCUUAUAACUUAUUUUCUGUCUGUCUGUCUCUCUCUCUAUUUUUUCUCAUCACCUUUUUUCUGUCUGUCUGUCUGUCUGCCUGUCUCUCUCUCUACUUUUUCUCAUCACCUUUUCUCUGUCUGUCUCUCUCCCUACUUUUUCUCAUCACUUUUUCUCUGUCUGCUGGUCAUUCUUUUUCUCAUGUCCCUGUCUGUCUCCAUGUAAAAGUCUGUCUCGUUUUGUCUUCUAUAUGUCUGUCUGUCUCUUUUUCUUUCUCUCGGUAUAUACACACAUCUUUAUCUGUGCUUUUUCUGUCUAUCUGUCUAUUUUUUCUCUGCCUGUCUGUCUCCCUCUAUAUGUCUGUCUUUGUUAUCAGAGCUCUCUCUAUUUUUCAUCUUUCUCUUUUUUCUCUUUGUCCCUGUGUCUCCAUGUAAAAGUCUCUCUCUCUCUCUCUCUCUCUCUCUCUCACUCUCUCUGUGCAGUGUGCAGAGGGGGCGGGGCAAGGGGCGGGACCACGUCGCUCUUCGUGCACGUGCAGCAGGUUUUCGGUUUAGAAGCGAAAAGUCCCCGCGCGCGGCCGCUCGCGACUUCAACAUACAAACUGAACGGCAACUUUUUUUCUGUAUCUUUUCUGUCCGCGCGCACCGGAGCAGAGGGAAAUUAUACUAACCGGAAAUUAUUCACACUGCAGCCUGCAAACAACAUCAGACGCGGAGAAUCCUGCUGGACUAAACACACACAAACACACACACACACACACACACACACACCCCCGAAUCUGUGCGUAGUCAAUAUUUUGCUGCUGAACUCGGCUCGGUUCCGUUUGGUCUCACGCGCUGCAUCAUACACUCACAUACAUAAGCGCGCCGUCAGGUGCUAGUGAGGGACACACACACACGCGCACACGCACGCACAUUCAAGCGCGAGGAUGACAGAUGCACGCGGGCGGCAGGACUCUUCACCGUGAGCUCGCGACUGAAAAGCGGAAUCCUCGCUCUCCGUUGCUGCGCGCGCGUGUGCGUGCAUGUGAGUUGUAUUAUUGCGAGUAGUGAGUUGGACGGCGCGAGCGUGCCGUAUCGGUGCGUGCGGUCCGAUUGGCAGGAUUAUCCAACUUUUCCCCCUAUUUUUUUUUUAAAUACGUAUUUGGACCGACAGACAGACCCACCGAGCGACCAUCUCUCUCUCUCUCUCUCUCUCUCUCACUCACUGUGUGCGCGCGCUGCAGCGGGACCGUGAGAUCAUCCGCCCGCUCUGAGGAACUUCAUCUCCGCCAGGACAUAAGAGAAGAAGAAGAAGAAAACGAAGAGAGAGCAAACAGAGAGGAGAGUGAGGGAAAAAAGGGAAUAAAGAGAGGAAAGAUGUGUGCGUGGAGCGCGGCGGUGUGUUUGGCGGCGGUGCUCGCGCUUCUCUGGGUCGGCGGGUCGCACGCGCAGCUCUGCCCGGCUCAAUGCUCGUGCGUCGGGACCACCGUGGACUGUCACGCGCAGGGGCUGCGGAGCGUUCCGCGAGACAUCCCGCGCAGCACCGAGCGACUUGACCUCAACAACAACAAUCUGACCAAAAUCACGAAGGCCGACUUUGCAGGGCUCCGAAAUCUCCGAGUGCUACACCUGAUGGAGAACAAGAUCAGUAUAAUUGAGCGAGGAGCAUUUCAGGACAUGAAGGAGCUGGAGAGACUGCGCCUGAACAGAAACAGUCUGCAGGUUUUUCCAGAGCUGCUCUUUGUCACGACAACCAAACUCAACAGACUGGACCUGAGUGAGAAUCAGAUUCAAGGCAUUCCGAGAAAAGCGUUCCGAGGAGCUACGGAGAUCAAAAACCUGCAGUUGGAUUAUAAUCAAAUCUCAUGCAUUGAAGAUGGAGCAUUUAGAGCUCUGCGGGACCUAGAAGUGCUAACACUGAACAACAAUAAUAUAUCUCGUUUGUCAGUGGCCAGUUUUAACCACAUGCCCAAGCUCAGGACAUUUCGUCUUCACUCCAAUAAUCUCGUCUGUGACUGCCACGUGUCCUGGCUCUCUGAUUGGCUGAGACAGAGGCCCCGCCUCGGCCUUUACACUCAGUGCAUGGCUCCGCCCCCUAUGAGGGGACACAAUGUCGCCGAGGUUCACAAGCGAGAGUUUGUCUGUACAGGUAAGCGCUCGUGUGUGUGUGUGUGUGUGUGUGUGUGUGUGUGUUGUCCUGAGUUUUGUUCCUGCAGUAAUAAUGUAGUGGACUGUAGAGGAAAAGGUCUGACUGAGAUUCCCACCAACCUUCCGGAGACCAUCACAGAGAUUCGUCUGGAGCAGAACUCCAUCAAGAUCAUCCCACCUGCAGCCUUCACACCUUACAAACGUCUCAGGAGGAUGUAAGUGUCUCAGAACCGAAUUCCGAACGUAUAGCAUUAAUGACUGACUUACUACCGGCCUUUUCCCUUCAGGGUUUUAUAUGGGAAUAAAAUCACCGAACUUCCCAAAGGCCUGUUUGGACUCUUCUCUCUACAGCUACUGUUACUGAACGCAAAUAAGAUCAACUGUCUGCGUGUGGACGCCUUCCAGGACCUGCAGAACCUCAACCUGCUCUCUCUGUACGACAACAAGCUGCAGACCAUCGCUAAGGGGACGUUUGCAUCACUGCGUGCCAUCCAGACGCUACACCUGGCCCAGAACCCGUUUGUGUGUGAUUGUCAUCUGAAGUGGCUGGCUGAUUACCUGCAGGAGAACCCAAUUGAGACGAGCGGAGCGCGAUGCACCAGCCCACGCCGCCUCGCCAACAAACGCCUCGGCCAGAUAAAGAGCAAGAAGUUCCGCUGCUCAGGUACGGAGGAUUACCGCACUAAGCUGAGUGGGAGUUGCUUUGCCGAUCUCGUGUGUCCUGAGAAGUGUCGCUGCGAGGGAACGACCGUCGACUGUUCGGGACAAAAACUCACCAAGAUCCCUGACAGCAUCCCACAAUACACUGCAGAGCUACGUUUGAACAAUAACGAGUUCACCGUGUUGGAGGCGACUGGCACGUUCAAGAAACUCCCACAACUGCGCAAGAUUAACUUAAGUAAUAAUAAGAUCAGUGAUAUAGAGGAGGGCACUUUCGAGGGAGCGAAUGGAGUGAACGAGCUCAUACUGACCAGCAACCGCCUGGAGAGUGUUCAUUACGGCAUGCUGAAGGGUCUGACGGGUCUGCGCACACUGAUGCUGCGCAGUAACAAAAUCAGCUGUGUGAGUAACAGCAGCUUCACUGGCCUGAGUUCAGUCCGGCUGCUGUCUCUCUACGAUAACCUGAUUACCUCCAUCACCCGGGGAGCCUUUGACACACUCCACUCACUCUCCACACUGAACUUGCUGGCCAAUCCGUUUAACUGUAACUGUCACAUGGCCUGGUUGGGGGAGUGGCUACGGAAGAAACGCAUCGUCACGGGAAACCCUCGCUGCCUAAAGCCCUACUUUCUGAAAGAGAUCCCGAUUCAGGAUGUUGCCGUGCAGGACUUCGCCUGUGAGGACGGUGAUGAUGAGAAUAGCUGCUCCUCGUCGGCUCGGUGUCCAUCAGAGUGCUCGUGUUUGGACACGGUGGUGCGCUGCAGUAAUAAAGGACUGAAUACACUGCCGAAGGGCAUCCCUAAAGAUGUCACUGAGCUCUAUCUGGAUGGAAACCAGUUCACACAGGUUCCUCUGGAGCUCUCCAACUACAAACACCUCACACUCAUUGAUUUGAGCAAUAACCAGAUCAGCACGUUGUCCAACAACAGCUACAGUAACAUGUCUGAGCUGCUUACACUAAUCUUAAGCUACAACAGACUGAGGUGUAUUCCAGCUAAAGCCUUUGAGGGCCUUCGAUCUCUGCGAUUACUGUCUUUACAUGGUAAUGACAUUGCUGUAAUUCCUGAAGGAGCGUUUAAAGAUCUCGCCUCUCUUUCUCAUCUUGCUCUUGGUGCGAACCCUCUACACUGUGACUGUAACAUGCAGUGGCUCUCUGACUGGGUGAAAAGCGGCUAUAAAGAGCCGGGCAUCGCUCGCUGCGCCGGACCCAAAGACAUGAUGGACAAACUGCUGCUCACCACACCGUCCAAACUGUUCACCUGUACAGGUCCAGUGGACAUCAAUAUCCAGGCAAAGUGUGAUCCAUGUCUGUCUAACCCGUGCAAAAAUAAUGGUACCUGCAACAACCAUCCUAUUGACUUCUACAGAUGCACCUGUCCAUAUGGAUAUAAGGGUCAGGAUUGUGAGGCUCCCAUCCACGCCUGCAUCAGUAACCCAUGUCACAAUGGUGGAACGUGCAAUCUAAAAGACGGAGCUGAGAACACACACUGGUGUGUGUGUCCCGAGGGCUUCGAGGGAGACCAAUGUGAGAUUAACAUCGAUGACUGCGAGGACAAUGACUGUGAAAAUAACUCCACAUGUGUGGACGGAGUUAACACUUACACCUGUCACUGCUCAUCUGAGUACACAGGGGAGCUGUGUGAAGAUAAGCUGGAUUUGUGUUCUCCAGAGCUGAAUCAGUGUCAGCAUGACUCCAAAUGCGUCCUGACUGCUCACGGUUUCAAGUGUGAGUGCACUCCAGGUUACUCGGGAGAGCAGUGUGAGCUGAACGUCGAUGAUUGCACGGAUAACAAGUGCAAAAAUGGAGCGCAGUGUUUCGACGCCGUCAACGGCUACACGUGUGUGUGUCCUGAGGGCUACAGCGGGUUGUUCUGCGAGUUCUCCCCCCCCAUGGUGCUGCCCCGGACGAGUCCAUGUGACGAUCACGAGUGUGAGAACAGUGCGGAGUGUGUGGUCAAGGGGGCAGAACCUGUGUGUGUGUGUCUCCAUGGUUACGAGGGCGCACGAUGUGAGCGACUCAUCAGCGUGAACUUCGUCAGCCGAGAGGCCUUCAUCCAGAUUCCUUCUGACACGCAACACACCAACAUCACUCUCCAGAUUGCGACAGACGAGGACAGUGGAGUGUUACUGUAUAAAGGCAACAGUGAACAAAUGGCUGUCGAGCUCUACAGAGGAAGAGUGAGAGUCAGCUACGACACGGGAACCAUCUACAGUGCAGAGACGGUGAGUGAUGGAGGGUUCCACGUGCUGCAGCUCACAGUGACGGACCUGUCUGUGUCUCUGUCCAUUGAUGGAGGGAAACCCAAAUCCAUCUCUACUGCACGGAGGACAAGUGCAGGAUCGGGAGCAUCUCCACUCUACCUGGGAGGCGUCCCCGUGCAGUCGUCUGUCUCUCUGUUCAGUAACGGCUCCAGUUUUCACGGGUGUGUCCGUCACGUCUACAUUAACGAGCAGCUGCAGGAUAUGAUGCGUUUCCAGCGGGAGGGUGUGAUCCCUGGGUGCCGCUCGUGCCAGCCGAGUGUGUGUGUGCACGGCCAGUGCCACGUUAACUCGCGUGACGCACACGACGCGUACGAAGACUCCCACUCGUCCUUCAGCUGCGAGUGUGAACCGGGCUGGACCGGACCGUUGUGUGACCAGCCGCUCAACGACCCCUGCCUCGGCAACAAGUGUGUGCGUGGCACUUGUGUGCCCAUUAACUCGUACUCGUACAGGUGCGCGUGCGCACCAGGCUUCGUCGGCGUGCUGUGUGACGAGCGCAGCGUGAGUGUGUGCGAGUGUAAACACGGACACUGCCGCCUCUCCGGCCUCGGCACAGCGUACUGUGAGUGUAACGCCGGAUACACGGGGCCGCUGUGUGACAAAGAGAUGGAGUGUAGGGGUCACAGGGUCCGAGGUUACUUUCAGAGGCAGCAGGGCUACGCUGCGUGUCAGACCACGGAGAAAAUCUCACGCUUAGAAUGCGCAGGAAGCUGCGGGGGCGGGGACUCGUGUUGCUCCGCCCUCCGCACCAAAUCCAGGAAGUACACGUUCCAGUGCACGGACGGCUCCUCGUUCAUCCAGGAAGUGGAGAAAGUGGUCAAAUGUGGCUGUACGAAGUGUCCAUCCUAAAACAGAGAGAGAGAGAGAGAGAGAGAUAAACAGACCCCGCCCCUUCCCCGCCCACACUUUCUGUCGUCGUCGUCCUCCUCCUCCUCUUCCCUCCCUCCACUUCCUGUCCUCUCCUCUCGUCUGUUUCUCCACGUUUUUAUAUAAAUGUUCACAUAUUCUCCGUUUCGGACUGAUGUUCGCUUCCCUCCGAAGAGAAGAUGGAUUAUUGUAAGAUACAGAACAACAAAAAAAAAAACCUAUUUUUUAUUAUCAAGGACAAAAAAAGUAUAGAUUUUAGAUUUAUUUUGUUUGUUUUUCAUUUGCAGUCCUGAAAGAACUGUGAUUUUAUUUUAUUUUUUUGUUUACCUAUUCAAUUUUUUUUUUUUUUUUAAUUUUUAAUUUUAUUUUAUUUUUCUAAUUUUACUCAACAACACCUCAGUGAAGAGCGGAGAGCAGUCUGCUUCUCCGGACGGGUUUUUGGACUAACUCACUUUUUCAACAUGGGGAGAAAUAGUACCGCCAACACACACACACACACACACACCUGGUUUUGCCAUGUGACAGGUAUCCCUGGACCAACAAAGGUUAAAUCUGAUCAGCCAACACUAGUAUUAGUGCUUAGCAUGAAUGACUGGUUUUAGUUACACAGUAGAAAAUUAGCACAGAGCUAAUGUUAGCCAGCUAACCGCGGUAGCUAUCUAAUGUUAAGUAGCUAGCAAAGUUUGCCAGGAAGUUAAUUAUCGGCAGGUUAAUUCGAUUACGUAAUUAAGACCAGGUUCUCUAGCAAGCUAGCUAGAGUUCAUGUAAAUUGUUAGGGUGAUGUCAUAUAAGUGUGUUUGCGAUUAAUUGAUUAUUUUUGUUGACCCAGAGACUCCUGUCAGUCAAAAACAUUAUGACACACACACACACACACAC